GAUUCCUGCAAUAUAUAUGCAAUCUUUUCGUGCUGUAUGGGAUUAUACACAUACACAACAGACGCAUAAAACCUUCAUAUAAUGAAGUAAAUGAUACUAGGCUAUUUAAUAAUAGAAUAGACUAACAAUAAGAGGUAUGUCUUCAAUAACUUCAAUAAACGCCAGUAGAUGAGAUAGAAAUGUAAAUUUAUUUGUGACCAAGCAAAACAGUUGUAAUUUUAACCUUGAACAAUUUAAACAUGCGAUUGAAUUAGUCUUGAAAUCCACAAGUUUUAAAUUUGACGGUCGGUUUUAUGAACAGAUAUUUAGAACUCCGAUGGGCUCUCCGUUGUCCCCCAUUCUGGCGGAUAUGGUAAUGGAGGACCUUGAAGUACAUUGUAUUAAUUCGCUAGAUUUUGAAUUUCCUAUUUUUUACCGAUAUGUUGAUGAUAUCAUUACAAUUUUACCUAUUGACAGAAUACAAGAUACCGUAGAUAUGUUUAAUCGGUAUCAUCCUCGCUUGUAAUUUACAUAUGAGGUUGAGACGAAUAAUUCUUUAAGAUGUGACUGUCGUUAGGGACAAUGGUAUGCUUAUAACAAACUGGUAUAGGAAACCGACAUUUUCGAGACGAUAUAUGAACUACUUCUCGAAUCAUCCAUCUCAACAUAAGAUCAGUGUUGUAAAGAGUUUGGUUGACAGAGCUGUUCUGUUGUCGGACUCUCGUUUUCAUACCGCUAACUUGAGUUUGGUUCGUGACAUUUUGAUUAACAAUUGCUAUCCUGCUGGUUUUAUUAAUAAACACAUUAAAAAAAGAAUUAAGGAAAUUAAAUAUAAAGAGACUGCGCAUCCGGCCGCUGUGAAUAACCAGGUUAGCAAAGAUACAUUUAUAAAGAUUCCGUUUGUUAAUAACGUGAGUGAAAUGAUCAAGAAGAGCCUUAACAAAUAUGGCGUUCGGACUGUUUUUUCGAUUUCAAACAAGCUGGAUGGCAUUGUAAAACUUGGUAAGGAUAGACUGGAUAGCAAAUUGUUAAGCGGUGUAGUGUAUAAGAUCGAUUGCAAUAAUUGCAGCGCGUGCUAUAUUGGCCAAACCAAGCGACACCUCGAGACCCGGUUGAAGGAACAUAUGGCGAAUGUUAAGAAAGAUGUUGGUUGUUACUCGGUUGUCAGUAAGCACAGGGUGGACUGUGGCCAUGAGUUCGAUUGGUUAGGUGUGGACGUGUUGCACCGUGAAAAUAAUACUAAAAAGCGCGAGUUGGCCGAAAUGUUUUUUAUCAAACGUCAUGAAUAUACCAUCAACUCGCAGAAGGACACCGAGAACUGGCCUAGUGUUUAUGACAAUUUUGUGACAAACACAUAGGUUGUAUGUUUUUCGACUUUUGAGACCGCUGUUUUCUUUCCGUGUUCAGUCUGUAUCGCCUCGAGAUGGCUAUCAGUCUGGUUUGUUGUGGCUUCUGUGUCUCUCCUUUGUGAAUUUAUUGUUAGAUGGGUCAUGUUAGAUGGGUCUGCAAGUGAGUCCUAGUAUUUUUAAAUGUAUCUUUGAAAUUAAUAUUGUUACUUAUGUAUGCGGUUUCGUUUUAUAGAAUGUGACUUAUCGAUGUUGAGGAUUGCACUUGAAAAGGGACCGUAGAUUACGGCCGAAACGUUGUGCAGUGUCGUAUUGUAGUGCCAGCUUGGUCACAAAUAAAUUUACAUUUCAAUAAGAGGUAUGUACAAUCAAUCCGUCAAUUAAUCUGGUAUGACUUAUAUCUGUUUACUGAGUAUGACGGAAAUUUUCUCUUCAAACUAGUAAAUUACAAUCUAAAAUUUAUCACCAUUUAUUUGUACGAGAUGCACCAGUUCUAUCACGAAUUAUCGAUUUAUAUCAAGUUUGCGUCAAAGAAACAUAAAAAAGUAUAUGUAAGAGCGAUGUGGUAAGGAUGUAUGAAAGCGAUAAACUGCUAAGAAAAGCCAGAUAUAAAAUAUCAAAACAUAAAAAAUACUAUCGCUUACGUAUAUAAGUCGUAUCUUCGUGUCAAUAAUGCGGCAGUAAUGUAAUGUGUCAUGUUCCUCAGUGGCAACUCGUGCAGUACUGGUGUUGAAAACAUUUGUCAUUAAUAGAAGUAAUAAUUGAUUGAUUGUCGAAAUUGCAGUCAAGUCAUCUAGUGUGAUUUCAAAAGUUAAUAUGUUAUUAGUAUGCAAGGAUUGUUAUACUUUUUGAAAGGAAGAAAGUACUUAAGCAGAAGUUUCACGAAUUAUUUUUUAUGUUUCUUAAGAAAACAAGUUGGGAUAUUUAAAAUCUAUUAUAUUAUAGAUAGCUACAUAACUAAUAUCUUUAAAAAAUCAAGAAUGUAACGAAAGAAAUGACGAGAAGGCGGACAGCAUUUUAGAUAUUACAUAAUUACUAUCUCAAAAAAUCAAGAGUAACGACA